GGAGCUAAACUGCUGACAGGCACUUCUGUUUUUCAUUCCUGCAUGGACUCAUUUAACCAGACAAGCUCAGGUUUGUUCAGGCAUCUGCAGCAAAGCAGGGGUUGAGCUUGAAGCUGUGCUUUAAUCUGUAUUAGCAGAUCGGAGCACCAUGGGGGAAAGAUGCAAAGUCAGCUGGCUGUAUGUUCUCUGCGUCGUCUUGGCCCUGGUUUCUGUGGCAACCAUUGUUACGUUGUGGACUAUCGCUAUCACAGGAGGAAAAGGAGGUGACGUCACAGCUCCUUGGGACAGGGAUCGUCUUCCUGGAUAUUUAGUCCCUGAGUUUUACAACAUCACUCUGUGGCCUCGACUCAAGCCCAACCCAAACUCCAACCUCUACAUUUUCACUGGUUGGUCCGCCGUUCAGUUUGAAUGUCUGGAAGCAACAGAUCUGAUUCUGAUUCACUCUAACAAGCUAAACUAUACGGAGAUGAAAGAUGAACAUUUCGUCAGCCUGACCUCUGAAGAAGGUGUAUCUGUCCCCAACAUCAAGUCAACUUGGUUGCAGCUUCAAACGCAGUAUCUGGUCAUCCAGUUGAUGGGUAAAUUAACUCCAGGACAGAAGUACCAGCUGCAUGCCCAGUUCACAGGAGAGCUUGCUGAUGAUCUGGCUGGAUUUUACCGAAGCGAAUAUAAAGAAGAUGGAGUCACAAAGAUUGUUGCAACCUCCCAGAUGCAUCCCACUAAUGCCAGGAAAACGUUUCCUUGUUUUGAUGAGCCGGCCAUAAAAGCCGUUUUCCACUUAACCCUCAUCCACCCAACAGGAACUAUCGCCCUGUCCAACGGCAUGGAAAUGGAAACCGCAACCAUCACUGUUGACGGAGAAACGUUGCUGCAGACAACGUUUGAAGCCACCGAAAAAAUGUCCACCUACCUGUUGGCCAUCAUCGUGUCUGACUACGCUCACCUGAGCACAACCCAAGGAAACAUUCAAAUUCGAAUCUGGGCUCGCAAAAAGGCCAUCAAGGAGGGACAGGGGAACUACGCUCUCAAUGUAACUGGACCCAUACUGGACUUUUUCCAGGCCUACUAUAACAUCUCGUAUCCCCUGAGAAAGUCAGACCAAAUCGCUCUGCCAGACUUUUAUUUUGGGGCGAUGGAGAACUGGGGACUGGUCACCUAUAGAGAAACCAACCUCCUCUAUGAUCCUGAGACCUCUUCUAACAGCAAUAAAGAAACCACAGUCACCAUCAUUGCUCAUGAACUGGCACACAUGUGGUUUGGUAACCUGGUGACGCUGCGCUGGUGGAAUGAGGUUUGGCUAAAUGAAGGCUUUGCUUCGUACGUAUCCUACCUGGGAGCUGACUAUGCAGAACCAGACUGGAAUGUGAAAGAUUUGAUCGUAUUGGACGACGUGCAGAAAGUCUUUGCAGUCGACGCCUUGGUAUCUUCUCAUCCUUUGACUUCUAAAGAAGACAGUAUCAACCUGCCAGGACAGAUCAUGGAGCAAUUUGACACCAUUUCCUACAGCAAGGGAGCCGCAGUGUUGAGGAUGCUGUCAGACUUCCUGUCAGAGUCGGUCUUCAAACAAGGACUCAGCAGUUAUCUCAGACAUUUUUCCUAUGGUAACACAAUUGGGAGUGACUUGUGGAAACAUCUGCAAACGGCAGUGCAAGACAACAACGUGUCUCUUCCUCGUCAAGUUGACGCCAUCAUGAACCGCUGGGUGCGUCAGAUGGGCUUCCCGGUGGUUACCAUAGACACAAGCACAGGCAUUGUUUCCCAGAAUCACUUCCUGCUGGUUCCAGAAUCGAAUGUCACUGUGGAAUCGCCAUACAAGUACGAGUGGAUGAUCCCUGUGCGCUGGAUGAAAGACGGAGCCACCAAAGACAUUUGGUGGCUCUUGGAAAAGAAAGGUCUGAAUGUGGACAUGAGGACUGGGCCUUCCUGGGUUUUGGCUAACAUCAAUGUGACGGGGUAUUAUCGGGUGAACUACGACCUGGGGAACUGGGAGCGGCUCUUUUCUCAGUUCAAUACAGACCACCAGGUGAUCCCACUGAUCAACAGAGCCCAACUGGUGGACGACGCGUUCAACCUGGCCAGAGCUCAGCUGCUCUCCACCACUCUGGCUCUCAGGACGACUUCCUACCUGUCCAAGGAAACCGAGUACAUGCCCUGGCAGUCUGCACUCAACAACCUGAACUACUUCAACCUCAUGCUGGACCAAACCGAAGUCUAUGAGCCCAUGCAGGAAUACAUCAGGAAACAGGUGACUCCACUCUUCUUGUACUUCAGGAGUAUAACGUCAAACUGGACCAAAGUUCCUGAGAAGCACACUGACCAGUACAAUCAGGUAAAUGCACUCAGCACAGCCUGCAGAACCGGACUACCGGAGUGCCAGAACCUGAUCCGCAUGUGGUUCCGGCAGUGGAUGGACGACCCUGAACGCAACCUCAUCCACCCGAACCUUCGCUCGGCGGUGUACUGCAGCGCCGUGGCGGCCGGCGGCGAGGCUGAGUGGAACUUCACAUGGUCGCAGCUUCAGGACGCUACAGUGGCCAGCGAGGCCAAUAAACUCAUGUUGGCUCUGGCCUGCAGCAACAACACGCAGCUGCUGGAGAGGUAUCUGGAGUUCACGUUGGACCCGGCAAAGAUCCGGAAACAGGACGCCACCGCCGUCAUCACCGCCGUAGCCAAUAACAGAGCGGGACAAAAUCUCACCUGGCAAUUUGUCACGAAGAACUGGGAACACAUGUUCACAGAGUAUGGUGUGGGCUCUUUCUCCUUUGCUUCUCUGAUCAGUGGCGUCACAGCGAGGUUCUCCACACCUCAGGAGCUGCAACAGUUGCUGGAUUUUGAGGAGGAGCACAAAGAUGCAGGAUUCGGUUCUGCGGCGCUCGCAGUGGAUCAGGCCUUGGAGCGGACCCAGGCCAACAUCAAGUGGGUGCAGAGGAACAAACAGGACGUCCUGCAAUGGUUCCGCAGCCAGACUGGAAACUAGCAGAGCUUACUGGGCGCUGUGAGUCUGGAAGGAGGUGGUGAUGAUGAAGAGCAGCCUCAAGGUGUACAUGUGUUUAUCAGAAUCAUAAAGAAAGAAUAAAUGUCCACAGAGAACAAAAAGGAAGGCUUAAAUAAUAAUUCCUCUCAAAGCCAAUGCAAAAGCCAAAACCAGCUUUAUAUAGUAUAGAUUCUUGUAUAUACAGUAAAUUGAAUGUGGUUGUUUUGAAGUGUUUCAGUACUGUGUUAAUGAUCUGGAUUUAACUGAAUUGAAUUGGAGUCUAUUCUUUUCUGUUUUACAGUGACAUCAGAAAAGCAACACAUGGAAAUAAAUGUCGAAAGCUAAUUAAUUAUUAUAAAGUUUUUCAUUGUUUAAGUAACUGUACUUAUAUUAUUGGAGUUGAUAUAAAUUAUAAAAUACA